AUUGUCGCAUGACUGGAAGCAACGCGAAGUACCUAACCUAAUCUUUAUUCUAUGAAGUAGAUUGAGUGUAAUUUGAAGUGGAUGAAUAAUAUCGCGUCUUUCCGGUAAGGAUAUAUUAUAUUAAGCAAUAUUACAUACUCGGCCGACAACGGUCAUAAUACGCAUUAACAUCAUUAUCGCCUCGUCUGUCGUCCGCACAUCGCAAGCCGAAUCGCUAAAUUUCGUUCGUCACCGGCCGUCGUCCGAAUUUCGUAAUUUCGUGCGCUUGACGUGCAUGGUGUGUCUCGCACUACCGCCGAUUCCUGUGCCCGAGUAACAGGUCAGGUUAGGGGUCCGCUUUCCCGGAGUGUUUGCCGCCAGCAGUGUCUAUUUACUGGUCGCCACCGUCGUCCAUGGCGCUCAACCCGUUCACGGUCCUGUGGGCCUCCCGAAUGGCUAUGUCGUACGUGCCCUGCGUUAGCUUCAUAAUGCUCCUCCGCGUGGCCAUACUCUUCUUCCGGCCCGAUAUCGAGGACAUACAUCACCGGAUGCCGGACCGUCGGAUCACUGAGAUCAGGGACAAGUACGAUUUCGUGGUGAUUGGAGGAGGUUCCGCGGGUUCGGUCAUGGCCAACCGUCUGUCCGAGAACUCCAACUGGACGGUUCUAUUAAUAGAGGCCGGAAUGGACGAACCGGUAUUGUCAGAAAUACCGUUGCUGUAUCCUUCUCUCCAACGUACGUCUAUUGACUGGCAGUACAAAACAGAACCCAGUCAAUCGUCAUGUUUGGGCUUCACCGGGAACCAAUCUAGCUGGCCUCGGGGCAAAGUCAUCGGAGGCAGCAGUGUUCUGAACGCUAUGUUGUAUGUCAGGGGCAACCAGAGGGAUUACGACGCAUGGCGAGACGCUGGAAAUGAGGGCUGGGGUUACAAGGAUGUAUUGCCGUACUUCAUGAAGUCCCAGGACAUGAGGAUACCGGAGCUCAUGAAUUCGAAGUAUCACGGAAAAGGAGGAUACCUUAGCGUAGAGCACUUCCGGUCGCACUCGCCGAUCGUGGACAGUUUUUUGGAGGCUGCCAAAGAAGUCGGUUACGAUGAAGUCGAUAUAAACGGUCAGAGUCAAACAGGAUUUACGCGAUCUCAAGGAACUCUAAGAGACGGGCUGAGGUGUAGUACGGCCAAAGCGUUUUUGAGACCAAUCAAAGAUCGUCCAAAUCUUCAUAUCAUCUUACACACUCAUGUUUUAAAAAUCGAGAUCGAAAACGGCAGUGCAACGGGUGUACUGAUAUCGAAAAUGGGGUCAAUACCGAUAUUGGUGAGAGCCAAAAAAGAAGUGGUGCUUUCGGCGGGCGCAAUAAAUUCGCCCCACCUGUUGAUGUUGUCCGGGAUAGGACCUGCCGAUAAAAUACGUAAAGUUGGCAUCAAAAUCACCAAACACAUACCGGGCGUGGGGCAGAACCUGCAAGACCACAUUGCGAUGGGUGGAGUAACAUAUUUGUUCGAUUCGCCCAACGAAUCCAACCCCCUCGGUCUGGGGGUAGUGUUACCGAGGGUGUUUUCAUAUGACUCGUUCGUUCAAUUCGUUCGUGACAAUGUGGGACCACUCUUUAGGAUACCGCUCGGCGAGGUCAUGGGUUUUGUAAAUACGCGCUACAACAAUGAUUUCGAUUGGCCGGACGUUCAACUGUUUAUGGCAACUGCUGGGGACAACGACGACGGAGGUCUAUUGAACAAACGGGGUGUGGGCAUCUCCGACGAGUACUACGAACAAGUUUUCGAACCCAUACUAUACCAAGAUGCUUUUACGAUAGCACCGCUUUUACUGAGGCCGUACAGUCGAGGCUACAUAGAUAUUACGAGUUCCGACCCUUACGCUGCGCCAAAAAUCGUGCCAAAUUACUUCAGCGACCCACGGGACGUCAGAACCAUAGUGGAGGGUGCUAAAAUUGGAUACGCUAUCAGCCAGACAGUGGCCAUGAGCAAGAUCAACACCACUAUUCACAACAUUCCUCCACCAGGGUGCGAGGGUUACGCUCUUUUAUCAGACGAAUACUGGGAAUGCCAGGCUCGUCACUACACUAUGACCAUUUACCAUCCGGUCGGCACGUGCAAGAUGGGCCCGGUGGACGACGAGUAUGCUGUGGUGGACGAACGGUUGAGGGUAAGAGGCAUCAAGUGUUUGAGAGUGGUAGACGCUUCUAUAAUGCCUACGAUUGUUAAUGGCAACACUAACGCGCCAACGAUUAUGAUCGCAGAAAAGGCAUCUGACAUGAUCAAGCAAGAUUGGGCUGGACACCGUAAAUAUUUAAGUCACAGCAUAUAAAGAACACAUUUAGGAGGUGGUGGUAAGUCGUUGUUCAAAUAUUUCUGAGUAUCAAAACAAUUUGAUAUAGGUGUAUAUAUUUAUACAAAUUAAAUUUAAAGGAUAAAAUUAUUAUUGAUAUUUAUAUUGUUCGUAAACCUAAUCACUAACCAGUAACCGUAGUGUACUUAAUCAUAUUGAUUGAAUUUGUAUUAUUCAUUCACAAUAUUAACUGUUGCAAAAAUACAUUUUUACUUAUUUCUCAAGUAUGAUUAACAAUUAUCUUUAAGAUGUAUAUCGUACAUUAUAUUAUAAGACGUACGACAACUGUAAUUUUUAAUUGCUUACUCUUUUAUUUAAUUUAUUUGUAUUAAUAAACGAAAUAUAAUAAAUGUAUUAAAAGGAAAAAAGGAAAUCAACUAAUUUAUUAUGGAGACUAAGUAAGAUAAUAUGUAUAGGAACUGAAAGUAAUACGAGUACUAUAUUGGG